GCGGCUUCGAAAAGAAAGAGCUUCAUCUUAACAUCCGUCGCACUCUUGCAGAUCCCUCAAGGAUUUUAAUACAUAUAAUUGAGAUAUGAUUUGCGAAUCCAAAAAUUUGGAUCUACAACAGUUAAUAAGUAUUAUUUAAUUUUGACGAUGCUAAAUGCGGAUUAAAUGCAUGAAACGAUUUCUUCUAUAUAGUACAUGUAAUAACGGAAAUAGAAUCAUUUUUCGUAGCUCCGGAAUGCAACUGGACGACUCUCGGAAUUUCCAUCACUAGUCGUAGCUUAAAUAAAAAAAUAUUCAUGUAAAGGAUGCGUAUGCAUGAAUAUUCUAAUUUAAAUUUAUUAUUUAUUCAUAUGUAUAAGACGUCUGUGUUUGAAAAAAGUAUUGAUCCGGAUUUCUACGAGAUGCAUAAGUAUUCGAUUAUUUGGGAUGCAGCAUGCACCAUGAUUCUUAUCUUAUGGGUUUACAAGAGAGGUGGGGCGAGGUAAGGAGCAAAAGUGGGGAAAUUGAGAAGGAGAAGAAAAGGAGGAGAGCGAAAGCAGGGAGAGAGGCAGCAAAAGUCUGGCAGUGCUCGUUUAGCUUUCACAGUUACUGACAGUCACGUAUCCGUGAUACGUCUGCUCGUAAUCGGUUUUACACACGUACAAUCACGCCACCACCAUUUCUAAUUUGUAUUCUGCAUGUACAUAUCUCGAUCCUGUAUAUGACGAUCAAUUAUACGUAGGGAAAGUGCGAGUGCGACAUUGUUAGAAAAGGGGGACGUACAGCCGGGAAUGAAUCGGGUAAAGUGGAUCACGGCGUGAGAUUCUCUAUCCUUCCUGUUGAUAAAAGGCGUUCGGCCAAUUGCCGGGGAAUCAGGUUUAAUUAAAAGGCGGGGAACAAUCGUCGCGAUGACCGCUGCUUACGCAAACGAUCCCAUUAGCCAGCCGCAGCAAGAACCGUGCACAGAGAAGACUAUAGUUGAUAAAACGUUGGCGAACAAAAACGAGCAAGCUAGGGGGGAAAGCACGGAGUUUACUUCACCGCCGGAAACAAUGAAGCUUGCAACAGGUGGUCAGGUUUGCGAGGAGGGUCUCGUCGAUCAGGAAAGAAUGCCGGCUAAGAGCGAAUUAUCGGAGUCGGUCGAAGAGAAAGCUAAAGAAUUAGCCGAGGACCCGGAAGUUUCAGAAAAUACGAGUGAAAACGGUUCCGAUGCCGUCGAACGCGAUCGAAAUAUCGAGGCGGACGAAACUAAAAGCGACGUAUUGAAAAACUGCAGCUCGACGGAUUUAAUCGUAUCAGCAAGAAUCGAUGACAAUACCCCAAAGCUAGAAGCAGUAUCGUCGGAAACACGUGCAAACGAUUCGAUUUCGAAGGACAGUUUCAAGUUACAAGAACUACGGAAUUCUGUCGAUAGUAUCGUUACAGAUACGAGCGGCUUCUCGUUUUACGAGACCUGCAACGGAUCGUGUGAAGUCGAGAAUCUACGGGACGAUCAGGAGGAGUCGUACGAUCCGGAGGGUGAACUGAAUUUUCACGAGGCGGUACGUGCAGGCGACUCCAAGUGCGUCGCGGGACUUCUCGCGACUGGCUCUGUACAAAACCUGGACGAACCGGAUUGGAAUGUUUCGGGUGAUCCACCCUUGCUGGUGGCCGCGACGCAUCAUUGUUUGCCUAUCCUCAGUUUACUCCUUGAGAACGGAUGCGAUCCAGCUGUGCGGUCUCCACGUGGCGAGACGGCGCUUCAUCGAGUGAUUCUCAACGGAGGGCCUGGGAACGUGUACGAAUUCGUAGCGGAACUCCUGAAAUACGGUUGUCCGCCGGGCGUGAAAGAGGCCGGCGGCGGCUUGACCGCGCUGCAUAUAUUGACGCGGCAAUUAGCUCACGCGCAGGGAGCCAAGAAUCUGCACCACAACUUCGAGGCGGCACUGGAAACGCUGGAUUUAUUGGCACGCGCUGGCCCCGUUAACGCGAAAGAUCAUCAAGGCCGGAGCGCGCUACAUAUUUUAGCUUCUUCAACUAUUUUCGAUAACAAUCACAGGACGGAAAUCGAGUCAUUGAUCGAGACUCUUCUGGCCGCUGGCGCGGACGCUUCGUUGAAGAACGACCGGGGAGAGACUCCUUUGCACGAGUGUCUCGAGUGCGGCGCUUUAAACACCGGCUUUUUGCUCGUGGCACACACGCCAACCGGUAUCAAGUCGCGUUACGGUGAAACUCCGUUGCACAUUGCCUCGAGAAAAAACUACGCGGACAUGGUAGCAAAACUGCUCGAACACGGAGAGGAUCCGAGCGUGCAGGACGCCGGUGGGAACACGCCGUUGCAUUUAGCCUCCGGCAGAGGCUUCCAUCAAACCGUCUCUUUGUUAGUCACAUCGCCCCUCGCGCAGUUAGAGAAAUUGAACACGGAGGGGUUGACCGCUCUUCAAGUGGCCGCCGAGAGCGGUUUCGUGAAUGCGGUGAGGCUGUUGCUAAAAGCCGGCGCGGACCCAAGCCAAACGGUCCAUUAUUGCACGACGAUACUUCAUCGUCACCCGGACAUAUCCGUUUUAAUAGAUCACGAAUUGAGUAGACGUCGUCAGCUCGCUGCUUGAUCAUUGUUUUCACUUAUCCGUCUACUUCUUUCGAUAAUAGGUUGAUUGAAAUAUCUGAUCAUCGAGUUCGACGUCAAAGUUUAUAAUCAAAUGAAGAAGAGGAUGUUGGAGAAUGUUCGGACUCGAUGAUUUUGGGAUUACCCAAACUCAAAAGUACAAGCGUUAUACCUUUUGUUAUCAUUUAAGAAAUUAUAACUACGUUCAAUUUCUUUAUUACAAUUCGUAAUUCGUAUGCGAUUAUAUAUGAACACUUAUUCUUUAUGUUUACAACAUGUAUGUAUGUACGAUUAUUAUAGUAUGUAAGUACAAUGUUGCUCAAGAAGAAGACUGCCUAGGAUUCAGUUUUUACACUAGGACAGGUAUAAUAUUCAAAUUGUAUGCCAUAAUUUUUGGCUGUGGAUGUAAAUAAUGUGCCUUUCGUGGAAACUGUGUGAUAUUGAAAUAUACAUGCGAGUACAUUUGAAAUAAAUGAAUAUAUAUCAUAUUAAAAAAUUCACAAAAAUUAA